AUGGCCUGUUUUAGCACUCAACACCGCUGCGACUCCAGUCUGCCACAGGUGACCGACGUCGCUGCGAUAAAAGGGCCGCACAAAUCUCCCCGUUCCCUGAUCCUCUCCAGAUCAAAAUACGGCGCAUUCCACGCGACUCUCGUCCCCCCUAUGCAGUCAGCAGAAAAAGAGACCUGGGACCAUCUCACACCCAACACAGACAGCGCAUCUUGA